UCAGCAAGUAAUAGAUGAUGAAGAAGAGGGAAAGACGUUAGCUUUUUGGUUUCGUCACCUGGAUUCCCUUCGUCAGACGGUUAACGCCAGACAGGGCUACUUACUCUCUGAAUUUCCGGAAGAAACGUCAGUUCUGCAAAAUUUGUCUGCGGAAGAACUGCAGCAACUCUCUUUAGGGCUAAGCAAGGGUGAGGACAUUGAUGAAAAGAGUGCUGAACUAGUAGCCUCUGAACUAGCAACUACAAAUAGUGAGUUGUCAGGAUCAUUGAGCUUCUCCGACAAGAAGAAGAAGACGUUGCCGUCUUUUGCGAGUAGUUCACUAGUAGCCUUGACCUAUUUUGUGC